AUGGUCCGCAUGGGUCAUGCGUCAUCACAGGUCACUCCUCCUUACCCGGUUAGCGUGCUACGUCACGGACGUCAUAUUCCGGUCAUCCUUGAGGAGGAAGAGGUACCACAAGUAUACCGAGUUAAUUUUAUACCUGACGGUGCUGGUCAGUAUAAAAUUCACGUGAUUUUUAACAGAAUGGAAGUAAAAGGCUCUCCAUUCAUACUGGAGAUUGCUGACGCUUCUACUGUUUCUGUGUUCGGUGAUCAGCUUCAUGGAGCAUCAGUAGGUCGUCCAGCAUCGUUCAUGAUCCACGCAGCAUCGGCUGGACCAAACGACAUUACUGUAGAGAUUAGAGGCAAGACGCCAUCGGGAAAGCUACGCCACGGUGUCAUAACCACAGUCGAUGAUGUCUCGUGUAAAGUUGAAUGGUUACCUCAAGAACCAGGUGAACAUUCCAUAGACGUUCACAUAUUCGAUCAACGCGUACAGGAUUCACCGUUCCUAUGUAACGUUGGUGCACCGGAGAAAGUUGUCGUACGGGCUGUACCAAGGCGUAUUCUCAGCAAAGAUCUACACACUGAACAUAGCUUUGAAAGUCUUUUUCAUUUCGUUAUUCGUCGAUUAAACAUUCCAAGUAUUCCUGUGUUGUGCAGUCAACCAUCGGUAUUACAAUUGACGGUGGCUACUGCAUUGAAAAAGGUAGGCGUGUCACUGCUGUCACCGUUGUGGUUGAGCAACGUGAACAAGAAACAAGGAGACAAGAUUUACAGCUGUAUCGAUGACUCUUCAUGUGUUCAUUUCUAUUCAACACAUGUUAUUCAUCAUCUGAAACCUCUUGAGUUGCAUAUUACAAAAUUAUGUGUGAUUUUAGAUAUACAACUGGUGAAUCAAAUCGUAAUAUUCGAGCGGAUGCAAAAUCUGAUUUAUGUGAAUGCAGUGGAGUUGGACGAAAUAUGGCGUAUUCUAGUCGACGCAUCGUCGGCCGGAUCGGGAAAUCUGGAAAUUAUGAUCAACGGAGGUCGAGUGCCAUGUCGAGUUCGAGAGAUCGUCAGCAGACAAUACAAAGCCGUGUUUACGCCCACUCAGAACAUCACACACACUAUCGAGAUGCGAUUUAAUGGCGAAGAAGUAGCUGGUAGCCCCUGGCACAUUCCAGUUGAGGAUAGAUCGGAGAGACGUCAUGAGUCAAAUAGAACGUUAUCGUAUUAUUCUGAGCUGUCUGGUGCUGGUCUAGUACGUGCACCAGUGAACAGAAUUGCUUCAUUCGAAAUUAAUGGUGAAGGAUUGGAGUUAAAUGAUGUGAAAGCAAAAAUAUACGGACCUGACGGCCGUGAAUUUCCUGUGCGAAUUGUACCGAGAGGUAGUGGACAAUAUAUAGCAGAGUAUCGCAUCGAACAGGUUGGUGAACAUCAUCUGACGGUGUGGAUCGCUGGACGAAAGGUGGAUGGCAGUCCGUUGUCGGUUGCCGGCUAUUCGGCGGAUCGAGUUAGACUCGAGCCACUUGGGGGCGGUGCAGUCGGGCAUCCAGUACAGUUUGUCGUGGAUGCUGUCGAUGCUGGGAAGGGACAACUAGAAAUUUCGGUGAAUCAAGGCCGUGUACCGAACAAUGUCCAAAUGCAAGGCGCCGGAAGAUGUCUCGUUACGUUUAUACCACAACAUCCUGGCACAUAUGUUAUAGACGUGACGUUCAAUGGCGAACAAGUACACGGUUGUCCGAUCAAGGUAGAGAUUCUGCCGAAGCAGGUUGGCGAAGUUGUGCACGCGAAUCUCACUCCGACCGCUGUGUCGACAGCGAUUUCAGCGGGAGGGUCGAGUAUCGCUGGAGCGUUUCGACAAUCUCGAACUCCUGUUUCGCCUGGACUCCUUCAUCAUCAUAGCCGUCAACGGUCAGCUGAAACAAAUCCACGAAGUCCAACCCUACUGCGUGAGGCACGCAGUAGAGCCGAAAAACCAUGGAUGCAGACUUACGCUCCUACCUCCUCUCGUCUCAGUUCCUCAUUGUCACCAAACCGUGAGUGGUCUGCGAGUAGCGCAUACGAUAGAAUCUACACUACCGAUAGAACACUUUCACCAAGUGAUAAUUUGAGAGCAAGACCUUUCACAGAAACACCAGUAAUUCUUCGCACUUCAUCACCAUCUGAACAAAAGACGGUUUAUGAGACAAAGAGUUACUAUGGGCGUGCAUUAACUCCACCUGGAACUCGGACUCCAUCGCCCAAGCGAUACGAAAGGAAUAAUACCAGUUCAUUUGUUGGUGUUAUUCAACCGCAACAAAGAGCUUAUAGGUCACCAUCGCCCAUCAGCCGAGACGAUAUUCGGUCUCGUGCCAGCGAUCGUGUUGUGUCGCCAUACGGAAUCACACCAUCUCCAAUAUCCGGGGAAAGAAUACGCCGGGUCGAACAAAUCGACCCCGUUGCAGCAGAAGAAGAACGCGAGCGACGGCGGGCACAAGCGGAGAAAGAGAAAAUCGCGAGUUCCUCAGUCGGAUAUACGGUAGCGCAAUAUGGGCAACCGGGUAAUGUGACUAUCGAAAGGAGUCACUCACCUGGCAGAUAUUCUGUUCCACAAUCCUCCCCUGAGACAUACGACAAGAAGGAAUUAAAUGACGCCGUCAGUCCUUCAUCGCUUUACUCCAAACAAAGAGCCGAAUCACCAGAAUAUUCUGCCGUCUAUGAACGAUUUGAUCGGAAGCGUGACGAGCCACCUCCGACUCCAGCACACGCUCAGUCGAAUCAUUCAGCGAAUAAGUCAAUGGUUCCGAGUGGAAAUAUUAGAUCUCGAAGUCCUCCACCGGAUUACGACGCUGGACCAUCUGCUACGCAAAGUUUAGCGACAUCCGUGAAGACAUACGACGAGCCGACGUACUCACAAACAACGACGACCACACGGACAACUUACUCGACAUCACCAAGUAGACCCGGCAAAGAAUGCGAGACGAAACCGGAGGUUGCGAUUCAUCGAACUGGAAGUGAAACAGAUGAGAAGUUAAAGUCGAGAAGUAGGGAUGACCUGAGCUAUCUUCGAACUCAAUCUGAGUUUAUCAGACGAAACGACGCCGAGCAGUCGAGGUUAUCUCGAAGUGAGAAGAAGUACGAGGUUUCCGAAAUGGCACCGGAGAAGCUGAAGAGGACAAAUGAUUUGACACCACUUCCGUUAGCCGAGGAAGCCCACCGUACUAUGGAAUAUCUUCGGAAUCCAGCUCAUGUGCAGGCAUUGGAACCGGUUGCUGAGUUACCUCAUUCACCAGCACCAUCCGCCAAGUCAACACCCCAUACUACUCCAAAGACAAGCAUGAAAUUUAAAAAAGAAGGAAAAGAGACAAAGCCGUUCGAAUUCGGCAAAAGCAAGUUCACAUCUAAACAUGAGGUAGUGAAACGCGGAAAAAGUGUUGAGGUUAAACUGGAGAGUCUAAAGCUCACCAAAGAGGACACGUUACGUGUCGUUGUAUUACCACCGAGGCGGAAUCAGCUGGGCGCACCCGUAGAUAGUCAACCGGAACUGGAAACUAAAGUGAAGAGAAGUGGUAGUAAAUACGAGAUCACUUUCAAACCCGUAGAAGUUGGAACUCACAAGGUUUUCGCCUAUGUAAACGAAAUCCAGCACCCAUUGUCACCUUUCCCGAUUCGUGUAUACGAUUCGGCUGAAAUCAUUGUGGGUGAAAUUCCAGCUCAGUCAAAUCUUAACGAUACAGUUGAAUUUACUGUGGAUGCUGGACGAGCUGGCUUCGGUAAUUUGGAGAUGGCUAUCAAAGAUGCUGACGGUAUUAUUAUUCCGUCACACGUAGCACAGCUGGAAAGCGGCACGGCCAAGUUCCUAGUGACUUUUACUCCUACAUCACGAGGAUUGCAUACAGUCAAUAUUACAUUUAAUAAGGAAGUACUCAAAAACUCUCCGUUCGAAGUUCUGAUCACUGAUCCACCAGCGCCGCUCAGCGAUACCGUUGACGGGACAGGAUCUCCUUCUUUAUCCAAAAGGGAGAUGAAGAAAGAAAAGGAAGACAAGAAGAAAGAGGAAAAGGAACGUGUGAAACGCGAGAAAGAAGAGAAAGGAGCUACUUUUAAGAAAGAGAGAAGGAGCAGACAUAGAGUUGUGUCAAAGACGUCAGUAACAAAAAUCCCGUCAUUGUCACGAGUUGGUCAGCCGUCCAAUAUUAUCGUUGAGGUGGCCGGUCAUGAUCAGCUGGAGAUUGUCAUCACUGAUAACAAAAAGAAUCAAAUCGGCACGGAAUUGAUCGAAAUUGAACCGGGUGUCAUGCAAGUGAACUUCACACCACAGGUGGUCGGCGAUCACGACAUUGAGGUAAAAUACGGUGGUGUACCAGUUACUCCGAUUCCGUUUACCUGUAGAGCAUAUGAUCCGGCGAGAAUCAAAGUCGGGACGAUUCCAAAAGGUCUUCUGGAGAAACCGGUUUACUUUACAGUGGAUGCAUCCGAGGCCGGAGUUGGGAAUCUCGAGGUGGCCGUGAACGAUGGUCGCGUGCCUUCUAUGGCACAUGCUCUAGGCCAGCAUCGUUACGAUAUUUCCUUCGUGCCAAAAGAAAAUGUGGAUCAUACUAUCACGAUUCGCUUCAACAAUGAACCCGUACCCGGAUCACCCUUCACAUGCCAACUUGUAGCUGCUGCGCAAGCUUCGGCUUCUGGGCCAGGUCUCGAACGGGUGCCGGUUGGCGAGCCUACUGAAAUUAAAAUCCAAACAAAUGUAACAUCAGAAGCUCAACCUGAGGUACGAGUUCGUGAUCCUAUGGGAAUUAAUCUUCCGGUGGAGAUUACGCCUAGCGAGAAGGAUAAAACGGUCUGCACCGUUAAGUAUACGCCAAAUUGUGUUGGAAACCACCAGGUCGAUAUCUCGAUGCUAGGUGAGCCAAUCGCCGGGUCUCCAUUCACUGCUAAGGCAUACGAUGCACGAAUGGCUCGUCUAAGCCAUUGUGAUCAAGCCGUCGUCGGAAAGCCAUGCACGUUUGCUAUAGGUGUGAUAAUAUUACUAAAGGCAGAAGGGCAAGCAAAAUUCAAAGUAUCUUUUACUCCUCAAGAAGCUAAAGAACAUGUGAUCAGUGUACGAUUCAAUGGUGUUAGCGUUCCGGGUUCUCCAAUGAAAUGCAUGGUAGAAAAAGUGUCGUCGACAAUGGCAACACCCACUGUAACGUCACCAGUUGCCACAGAGUCAUCGAGUGUAGCUGGAAGUUCACCGGAAGAAAUUAGUAAAUACUCUUUAACUAAGGAGCUUGAAAAUGCUCAGGCUGGGCGGAAACAUGGGUUCACAAUACCAAAUCCGGGUGGUCGCGCCGCUGAAUGUAACGUAGUUGUGAUCGGUGAGUCUAUUCCAUGUCAAAUAGCAGCUCCGGAUGGAACACGACAACCUGUUAUGCUAACCACUAGAAAAGACUCGUUCUUCGCUGAAUUUACGCCAACAAUGAAAGGUUGUCACGAAAUAAUUAUCUAUUUUGACAAGUUAAAGCUUAACGAGAUACCCAUUUUGAUGGAAGUUGAAAGUGGAAGAGCUGCAUUACCUACGGUGUGCGUCAUUGGCAAGAAAUAUUCAUUUGAUAUUAGCGCUCAUGACAAAGACAGUGUUCUUGUACAUAUUAUCGAUCAAAACGAUCGUCCACUUCCUGUACAAAUCGAAAAGUUGAACGAUGAGCUCGUUCGAGCUUCGUGCCGCUUCAAGGACGAGGGUUUACACUCUAUCGAGACGUUUGUGGGUGGUCGAGCGGUGGGUGAACGUGUACAACAACGAGUUGUUGACUUGGUGAAUGCAGUGCAACUCAUAUCUGAAGUGCGAAAGGAAGUGGUCAGUGAACGAGCUGAACACAACAUUUUCAUCGCUUCGGGUUUAGAAGAUCAGGUUAAUGUAACGAUUCGAGAUCCUGAUCGUGUUCCACAAACUGUAUCCCUAUCAAAAGCUUCGGAUACGCUGUGGAUAGCAUCAUGGUUGCCAAUGACGGAAGGCUGUCACGAACUGGAAAUUCUUGUUGGCGGCAUGCCAAUUGCUGGCUCACCUUUUUCUGUUCCGGCUCUCGACCCAUCGGCAGUGAGAGUGAUUGGUUUGCGCAACGAUAAUGUUGGAGUUGAACAACAAUUCAACAUUGAUUACACGAGAAGCGGCGCGCUAUCUGCUUCAGUUGAGAUUCGGUGUGGUGAAAUCUCUAUUCCUUGUAAUGUGAAGAGCAUUAGACCUGGCUUAUUGUUAUGUUCGUUUACCCCAGUUAUUGGUGGUUUGUAUCAAAUUAACGUCCAUAUCGAUGGUCUGAUUCUUCCUGAGUGUCCGUACGAAUGUUGUAUUGGCUCUGGAGUCGUUCGUGCAUGUGGUGAUGCACUAAGUCGUGCCCAACGUGGGCGUGUGGCUCGCUUCGAGGUGUCGCACAAUGACGUGAGACAUGGUGACCUCGACGUCUUCGUGUCAGAUCCUAACGGUGGUCCACUACCUGUACGGUGUUAUCGUCAGCAGGAUGAUAGCUACUGGGUCGAAUUCAUACCUGAACAUAUCGGAUCACAUACGAUUGAGGUGACGUUUGAUGAUGUACCAGUAACCGGUUCACCGUUCCGCUGUGAAGUUGUUGAUCCGAGGAAGGUCCGAGUUUCUGGACUUAGCGAUGGAUUGCUACUUCGUCAAGCUACCACAAUCCACGUUGAUCGACGGCAUGCUGGACUUGGAGAACUUGUUGUGGAGGUUACUGAUCCAUCGGGAGCUCCACUUAAAGUAGAAACUCUGAAGUCACCUAGUGGUGGAGAUAGCGUUACCUUCCUUCCGAGUCAGACUGGACCGCACAGAGUAAAUGUCAAUGUAGCCGGAUUCCCUAUUCCUGGAUAUCCACGGACAGUCAUGGUCUCGGAACAGCAACAGCCAACUGUUUAUGGUGCUGCUGUUGAUCAUUCUAUUAAAAUCGACGAACCAGCUAGCUUAAUUUUUGAUCCUAAAGGAAAUAAUGGCGGCCUAAAAGUGAGCGUAGUUGGUCCAAGAGAUAAUAAGGUUCGUCACAAAGUAAUAAGACGACCAAAUGGUACUUCUGAAGUCGCGUUUUCUCCUGAAGAAGUUGGUGCGCAUAUUGUUCAUAUCGAUUUUAAUAACAAACCUAUUGCCGGAAGUCCAUUCACAGUACGUGUUGUUGAUCCAUCAAAAGUGGUGGUAAACGAUCUGGACAUGGAUCGGGACGGUUCAUUUUUGCUUCGUCUAGGCCAGCAAAAUGUGUUUGAUGUCGACGCCACUGCUGCCGGACCCGGCAAACUUCGUGCCGAAGUUCGGAAUUCCGAGAGUACGUUACUCGGUGAUGGUCCGGCCGUCGACGAUCUUGGCUACGGAAAGUACCGUGUUGCUUUUACUCCAAAAGAACCGGGACGUUACUCGAUCUACCUCUACUGGAAUGAACUCCCUGUUGAGAGUGCUUUCCCAGUGCGUGCCAGAACAUCCGAAGACAGACAUACCACUUCUCAUGAAAAAACUGCUACUGUCACGCAUACAAGGGAUAAAUCGUCUUCUUCAGUCGACGAUUUGUCAAGAAUAAUAGUUCGAGGUGACGGGCUCCAUCGUGCUCAGCUCAAGGAACCGAAUGAGUUUAUUGUUGAUGGCAGCGACAUUUCACGUGAGGGGCGGUUAACGGCAACGUUAUUCGGCACGAAAGCAGAUGUACCUGUUCGAGUGCAACAACUUGGGCAUAAUGUUUAUAAAGGAACGUUCACACCACUCACUGGAGGAACAUAUGAGCUUCACGUGCUUUGGAACGGUGUACAUGUGAAGGGUUCACCGUUUAAGGUAAAUACAGACACUGCUUCAACUCCAGCCGAAUUGAUCACAGUUGAUAGUUCAUCACUAAAAAUUGGGAUCAUUAAUGAUGAUAUCAAGACAGUAAUUGAUACUCGUCGAGCUGGACCAGGUCAAUUGUCUGCUCAUUGCAUGGGGCCAGUAAAAUUGGCAUACUGUGAACUUUAUGAUCACAGAGAUGGCACGUACACAUUGAGUGUGAAACCAACUGAGGUGGGUAAACAUACACUUACCAUCAAAUACGAUGACCAACAUGUACGUGGAAGCCCAUUCAUCAUUCAUGUCUCACUACCUCCUGAUCCAUCAAAAGUUCGCGUCUAUGGACCCGGAAUAGAACACGGUAUUUUGAGCUUAUUCAAAUCCAAUUUUGUGGUUGAGACCAGAGGUGCUGGAGCAGGGCAGUUAACCGUACGAGUUCGUGGUCCUAAAGGUGCUUUUAAUGUGGAGAUGCAACGUGAGAAGAAAAACGAGCGAACAAUUCAUUGCAAAUACGAGCCUAAAGAGCCUGGUGACUAUCAGGUUGAGGUAAAAUGGCAUGGGGAACACGUACCUGGUAGUCCGUUCCUAGUGAUGAUCGUUGACACUGAACAAGAACUGUCUCGUUUCCUACGAGGGGAAGCACCAUCGCCCACACCGGCCACUCCGUUCGUACCUCCAGGCUGGGUGGGACCGCCUCCUCUGUUUCCACCUCCAGUGGGCCAACGUUACGGUCCGCCAAUGGGUCCAAUGGGGCCUAUGGGGCCCCUUGUUCCACCGCCACCUGGUGCCAUAGUGCCUAUGAACGGUCCACCGGCCACAAAGCACAAAGCGAAGUAUCAUUGA